CUUGACAUUCCAACAGCGAUGUAGAAAUUCGUUCCGCAUAUCAUAUGAAAUCAAAAUGUACCUAGCUACACAUUUCGUCGUAGCGCGUUGCUAAUAUAUUUAUGUAGCUAAUCGUUAUUAUGUCGAUAUUAUCAAGUAGACUCGUGUUGACAUGUAUUUUAGGGCUCACGCUUUAUAUUUCUGUAAUAGGGAAAGCAUCGUCAGUAACAGCGGAUGAUAAUGACGAGCUACCAGAAUUCAAGUUCAAUGAGGAUGUUGGCACCGACAUUGAAAAUAGUCCCAAAUUUGUGGGAAUGGAGGAUCUUGAGACUCAGCCGAAGAGGCAGUACAAGACUGCAGAGAUCGCAGAUGCAGUAAUGGGAACUGAACAACCUGUUAAUCCAGCAGGUAUUGAGUCCCUGAUCCCCAAGAAUGUGAAAGACUUUCAGACAGGGUUCUCGCCGCCCUGCGAUGAUGAGGCAAACUGCCCCUCUUCUUUUCCCCAAGAGGAGUCCUCUGAGUUGAAGAGUACAGAGCCCUUGCAACCAGUCACAUUAGAAAUGGUUCAUGUAGACACCAUGACUAACGAAGAGCAGAACUCCACAGAAACCACAAAGACUUAUAAAGUGAACUGCGAUAAAAGGAACAUCACAGGGAUGAACAACUUCACAGUGCAGGUCCUAAACGCCUCCCAGGACUUAAUGGAAUUCCUCAAUGUAAACAGCACAGAGUGUUCUCUGGUCCUGUUCUUUACCACCUGGUGCAAGUUCUCAGCCAAUCUAGCACCUCAUUUUAACGCACUGCCCAGGGUCUUCCCCAGCAUGCACUUCCUAGCCCUGGAUGCCUCCCAGCAUAGCAGUCUCUCCACACGGUUUGGAACUGUAGCAGUUCCCAACAUCCUCCUAUUUCAAGGAGUGAAACCGAUGGCCAGAUUCAACCAGACUGACAGAACUCUGGAGACUCUGAUGUCUUUCAUUGCUAACCAGACAGGUUUUGAAGUUAGCCCAGAUCACAAUGUAACGGAUGAAGACCUUUCUGGACCUCUUCCCAAUGUCCCAGUGAAAAGUAUCGAUUGGCUUCUGGUGUUCUCCAUCUUGUUCAUUUCCGGCUUCACCACGUACGCCAUUCUACGGACUGACAGCAUCCGCUGGCUUAUCCCAGGCCAAGAGCAUGAACACCAGGACUAGCAUACAAUCAUAGAUUGUUAGCCCAGUGACUGGAAGUCCUCUCAAUGUUUGAGUUGUUGGACAGAAUGCUGGUGAAUUUGGGCCUGUAUUCACCAAGAUAGUGUUUACACAGAUGGUCUGGUUCUGAUCUUUUUGUACCAAUUCACAACACAAAGUAACGUUUAUCACUUUGCCUGCUCGUGGAAUCAAUCUAGCAAUCUUUCCAUUACCGGUCAGAUGCUCAAAGUACUGCCUGCAAUUAAAGACAGGUAAGUGGACAAAAAAGUGCAGCCAGGUAAUGAGAUGGGGAGUACAUUAACCCAGGUCAGCUGUGAUACUCAGGCCCAAACCCAAAUGUAUCUUUAAGUCAAAUACCCUAUGCACUUGUGUUGUGACACAUUGUGAAAUCCUGUCAGAUCUCCACAAGUUUGUAGAGUUUUGGGGCGGAUGUUGGAUUUGGCCAGAGACUUCUGAAAAGGGUCCCAGAUUUACUGAACUACUGCCUUCUCUGUAACGGCUGUACACAUUCCCUUGAUGAAUUAUUACCCCUCGGAUGAUUGAACACGCAUUUUAGAGAGACCUGGUGUUAAUUUGCAAAUGUUUUGAUGGAAUUAUGAUUAAAUACGUUUAAUGUCACCCUUUA